AUAACACUUUACAAAAGACAUAAACUGAGUUACAGCAAAAUAAAUAUGUCGAUUCAGUAGUCUACAUUUAAUUACGUUUAUGACGGUCACAUGGAUACAGGAAAUAUAGCAUCCUAUACAUUUAAAAAUCACAUAUGGAAGAACCUAGAGUCAGGUACUUGAGGGCAAAGGACAUUCAUGGCACGCAUAAUGAUGCGAAGUAACGAGGUGGGGAGACGGUCAACCAGUGGAUGACGGAGCAGAUUAUCUCGAGUUCGUGGUAGCUGAAAAACGAAGAGGACCCGGAACGGUGACGUCGAGCACCGAUAACGGAAAGAACUCGGGACACGAUGGCGACGGGUAAACGGCGUAGCAUUCACACGUCGUCGUCUGGGAACAUUGGCGCGUCCGGUUACUCCAACAGCGGUCCGCGCUCGAACAGCAGGAUGAACUUUCGACCGAGUGGUGCCCAGCAGGAGGACCGCGGUGGCACUCGGCCGACCGCGGCGCCGAGUUCGAUCGGCCUCAUUCUAGUCACCAUGCUAUUGCAUGUAUGCAAGAAGUCAUUGCUGUUCGACACCCGGCUCAAGGUGGCCAUCUAUUGCGGCACGAUAUUCACAGUGUCCCUAAUCGCGGACUUCAUUGCGAUGCCACGUACUUACUUCUCUAGGUCCGACAACGUCCUGAAUCAGUACUUCGUCAAGUGGGGCUGGGGCUGGCUGUUGUCCUUAAUCGUGCCCUGGGUUGUCUUGACGGCACACACAUUGGGCUGUGGCCGCCGGCCGAUUCUGCUGAGGCAUCUGGCACGUGUCAUAUUUGCGACUAUUGCCUGGCUCGUCUGGACGAAACUGUUCAACUAUAUCGAAACCAACUAUGGCAGAUGCCUAGGCACUCGCGAUGUUCAGAUGCAGUCCAAAGCCAGAUGUCUACAAUCUGGUAGAUUCUGGAGCGGCCUUGACAUAUCUGGACAUACAUUCAUUUUAAUCUACUCAAGCUUGAUACUUGCCGAAGAAGGCUCUUCCCUGGUAGGAUGGGAGGGUAUUAAGGAUCUGAUAAUGCGGGAAGAGCACACACGGUCCACACCGACCGAGAUCAGCUCCGGUCCCCUGCGAAAUCUCUCCGACAGCGACCUGGAGUUCCUGAAGAAGGCGCACCGGGCACUCACACCAUAUCUACGCGGCCUUUUCGUAGUAAUGACAUUGCAGCAAUUGCUAUGGGAUAUCAUGCUGGUGUCGACGAUGCUCUACUAUCACAUAAUGAUCGAGAAGUUUCUCGGUGGCGUAGCCGCAGUUAUUACAUGGUAUGUCACGUAUCAAUGGUGGUACAAGUUGCCAAAGAUCGGCCUGCCAGCACCCGGUGACGGCCUCUUCAAGUACAAUGAGGUGAAAACAAAUUCGGAGAUCAGCGCCAGAGCAAGACGCACCACUCUGAACGGUACCAAUCAACCGAGGUUCAUGGGAAUGCCGAUCAGAACACAGGAAAGCACAGAACCGAAUCCAUCAUCCAGACAAGUGGAUCUCGACGUGCCUAAUUCGAGGGGGUAAAAAUACACCGUUUUCAAUUAAGGGAUCGCUCUCUUAAAUCGGGACUCUUCUCUACUUAAACUAAGGAUGAUUACGCAACGUGGAUAAUUUUUUACACAGAAAUUGAUUAUUCAAAAAUUAAUAUCCGGAUUCAUUCAUAACAUCUUGCCUUCAUAAAAUUUCCUUCCCUUUAUAUUUAAACAGCAUUAACACGUUGCACCGAGAAUAGAUAAUUAAGUAAAUAUUCAGAUAUAUUCACAGUCCAUGGAAAUAGGGUUUGUAUUUGAACGUCGGAAUAAUGUAAAAUAUAAUUUCGAAGGAUAUACGUGACUGCCUUCCUUCACUUUUUUUACAUGUAAAUAAAGAAUUUCACGUAUUCGCGUAAUUUAUUGGGUUUUGGGACAAUCAGUCAAGCUGAACGGGGCAGCUUCCAUGCUUUUAAGUUAUUUGUAAUUAUAGGAUGAUAAACAAGAGCCUGCGCUUUUUUGACGCCUCCGUAUGGAUUGUUAUUAACAAGAAAGAAAAAGACACUUUUAUUGGAUCUGUUUAGGCUUUAAAAUUAGUGUCUUCAGUAAUACUUCUGGACUUUGUUUUGUAAUUUAUAUUUAAUAAAGUCUGUUAUUAACAAAGUAUCCGUUCCUUCCUAAGUUAAACAGACUGCGAAAUGAAAUUAGUGUUAUUUAUAUGCCAUGUUAUAUUUAUACACGGAAA